AUGGCAGAAGAUAACUUUGGCUCUGAAAAGCUUCCGGAGCUUCCUGAGGGAGGAGUUCGUCGACGACGCAAACAGACCUCACUGGAUCCUCGUGUCCAACAUGCGGCAGUCCAGAGAAUUCGGCAAACCAUGUACCGGUCUCCGGACGAAGACAUGAUGGGCCCCAUUUUGCGUCGCAAGAAGGUGGUUUCGGUUCCUAUCGGUGGUGCCGCAGGCAAUGCCUUUUUCGAUCCACCGGCAUCUUCCAACCACCAAUCUCCGGCCGGGUCUCCCACACCAGCCAGAAGAAAGAAGGAACUUAGCUUUGGUGACCUUCAAAAGCGAACCCUUGGGAUUGGCAACAUUUUGAAACGAAAACAAGUUUCCCUGGAUCUUUACGGAGCGGAGCAGGCUGACUUCUUUGGACAUGUGGAUGAGGAUGUUGACGAAGAAGAAGAAAAAUUGAUUGAAACUGUCGAAGAAGACAAUGAAAGGCUCGAAGCACCUGCUACUACAGACGUAGUGGAAGAAGAGGAGGUCCAAAUCUUUCGCCCUCUUCGCUUCUCCAAGCCCCUCAAAGUCAAACCUUCGGGCGGCGGCGGUCAUGGCCAUGGUGGAGGUGGUGCGCCGGCACAAUCGGCAGUUCCGGAUGAACAUCUCCGAAAGAUGUUUGACUUGCAACGCGACCACAACCGUGAGCUGAAAGUGCAGGUGGACAUGCUCACGGAUCAAUUCGAAGACAAAAUGCAAGAAACGGAAAAUGAAAAGCUCUUGCACGAUAUUCGGGAAACCCAGCUUCGUUUGCAGUCCGACUUGGACCAAGCUCGUGCUAAGGUGUUUGGUGACGAAGGAAUUCCCGAGGGCGAUGAGACUCCUGAAGACGAAGAAGCAGAAGAAGAAAUCAAAGAAGAUGGAAUCAUUCGAGCCACAAGAAGCGAUUAUCUAUGGACAGGAAUCCUUCUCUGUGUCAUGAUUGCCUUUACUGGAAUCGUUAUUGGCUGGCGCACGCAUUUGGACGAAGCCUUCAGUACCUUUGGUCCUGUCGGAUUGGCUUGCUCCACGCCUUGUACGGGUCACCUGGAAACACACGAUUACUUUCGUGGCAAGAACACUUUUGAAGAGGGUCAAUACAUUCAGCUGAUUUUGGAAUUGGAUCCUAAUCCGAAUGUGGAGAUGCAUGUCGCUGUUCAGAUUGUCGGCAAAGAGUCAGGACAAGUCAAGGUUACCGAGAUGGUGGGGCCUCCGUCACCAGAAAUCCCACUUCAGUUUACAAGCAAGAUGGAAGUCACCUUUGAGAACCCUCACGAAGAACACAUUAUCAAUGUGACAAGUUGGAAUGCCACCAGUGACACGGAGUCGGAUGUGGUAUUGACUUACAAACUACAUGCCACCCCACUCAGUUCUCUUGCAAAGCACAGUGAGCUGAUUGCAGCACUCAUCAUGGUAUUUGUAUACCUAUUCAUCUUGCUGGAGGUCAUUCACAGAACACUGGUUGCCAUCUAUGGCUCUUUGAUUGCAAUUCUCUUUUUCUUUAUCAUCCAUGAGGGAGAGAGUGAAAGCAUCACCACUGUAAUGUUGCAUAUGGAAUGGUCCACCCUCGGGCUUUUAUUUGGAAUGAUGUUGAUCGUCGGUGAACUAUCUCAUACUGGAAUCUUUGAAUGGGUAGCGGUCCGCAUUCUAGUGGCAUCCAAGGGAUCCUACAAUCGAUUGAUGACUCUUUUAUGCCUUUUGACUGCCGUGGCCAGUGCGUUCCUCGAUAACGUCACUACCAUGCUAUUAAUUGCUCCUGUCACUAUUGAUAUGUGCAGCAUUUUGAAUGUUGAUCCAAGGCCAUAUUUGAUUGGUGAAGUAUUGCUGAGCAACGUUGGUGGAACUGCAACUUUGAUCGGUGAUCCUCCGAAUAUCAUCAUUGGUAGUUCCUUUGAGGAAAUUGGUUUUGUUGACUUUAUCAUCCACAUCAUGCCAUGUAUUUUCUUGCUCUGCAUCCCUGUGUCGCUCGUGCUUGUCCUUUAUCUAUAUCGCCACUAUAUGAAUAUCGAUAAGAUGCCGGAGCUCGACAAGGACAAGCUCUACAGAACCUAUCAAGUAUACGAUGAGCCAAGACUUCUUAUUGCUGGCACUGUUUCCUUCUUUGUGAUCUUAAUUUUCUUCCUACAUCCAGUGCAUCACAAAGAUACAGCAUGGGUAGCACUUCUUGGAGCCUUUAUCACUAUGACGUUCACAAAUCCACAUGAUGUUCAAGAAGCGCUGCGCAAUCAUGUCGAAUGGGACACCCUGCUUUUCUUUGCAGGACUAUUUGUCCUGGUGGAAGUGUGCGCUGCUCUUGGUUUGCUUCGUUUGGUUGGCAAUGCUCUCGCAGACCUAAUCGAAGGACAGGAAGAAGAGGACCAGCUGGGAGUAGCAAUUACGCUCAUUCUCUGGGUCAGCGCAAUUACAUCCGCAUUCCUUGAUAAUAUCCCGUACACUGCUACAAUGAUUCCAGUCAUUAAGAUCUUGGGUGAAGAGCUUCAAGAAACUUUGCCGAUUAAGACUCUAGCCUGGGCUUUGAGUUUCGGAGCUUGUCUGGGGGGUAAUGGAACUCUGCUUGGGGCCUCUGCAAAUAUUGUUACGGCUGGUAUUGCGACCAACAAGGGUUAUGAGAUUUCGUUUUUGAAUUUCUUUUAUCCUGGGAUCGUUGUAAUGAUUGCAACCACUGCAGUUGCAAACUUGUACAUGAUGGUUGUUUAUGUCUGGGCAGCAUAG